AGUAGGACAUGAAUACAGUGGCGUCAAGGUAGAAGGUUGGGCCGUCAAAUAUCUGUCAGUGAUAUAACAUUUAGUGACUGCUAGGCUUCCACUUUUGGAGACAAAUCGCAUCUGAUCUGCAACUUUAACAUGUAAAAUAGCUUUGGUGUGAAGAUCUGAGAAUAUAGAUCGAGUGAAAUCGGGAUGAGUGCAGCAGAUACACCAUGACUACAGAAAAACAGCAGCAAUGAUGCCUUGCAACCUGGUGGUAAAUCCGAAACGUGUCUUCCUGUUUAUACUACUGUUUGGAGCAGUGAGUCUCUUACUUCUCAUGUAUCUACCUGAUGGUGUUAAGAAGAAUCACAUAGUGUCCAGCUUUGAAUUCCACCGAAAGUAUAACUUGCAGGACUACAGACACGUACCAGCCACUAAGCCUGUGGAAUUUAAGAAAAGAAGCAAUAAAUAUCCAGAGAAGAAACUCUAUGCCCAUCAACAAAGUGAAAAGCAUUUUUAUACUCUAAAGGGCAAUAAUGCUUCUCUGAGGAAACGCAUAAAAGAGCAAAAUAUGUUUCAUCUGUUAUUGUUCAGAGAGUUUCUAAACUACAACAGUUUUGCAGCACUACAGCGUCCCCUAAAUAAGACUCUGGUUAGGGACAAUAAGUGGAAGGAUACAGACACAAUCCAGGAAAGGCGUAGAGCCUUUUAUUAUGACUUCUGCAAAAAAUACAACCACUACUUACCUAGAACAAGUUUGGGCCGUUUGGUGUCUAGGAUCUUUGUGGAGGAGAAAUAUCGUAUAUUGUACUGUGAGGUACCUAAAGCAGGCUGUUCCAAUUGGAAGAGGACCCUUAUGGUGUUGGGUGGUUUUGCCUCUUCAACUGGUAAUAUAAGUCAUGAUGCUGCCCAUAAUAAAAAGUAUCUAAAAAAGUUGGACAGCUAUGACUUAAAGGAAAUUUAUUACCGCUUACAAAAUUAUACCAAGGUUAUUUUUGUGCGUCAUCCUAUGGAGAGGUUGGUGUCAGCAUUCCGGGACAAAUUUGAGCACCCUAACAAAUAUUAUCACCCUGUUUUUGGUAGACCCAUUAUAAAGCGGUACAGGAAUAAUGCCAGUGCAGAAGCACUAAAAACAGGAUCAGGAGUGACCUUCCAAGAAUUUGUAAGCCAUGUGUUAGAUCCUUUACGGCCAGUCAGUAUGGACAUCCACUGGGAACAAAUUAACAGACUGUGCCAUCCCUGUUUGGUUAAGUAUGACUUUAUUGGGAAGUCUGAGACUCUGGAUGAGGAUGCCAAUUACUUUUUAAAUCUUAUUGGAGCUCCAAAAGAGCUCACCUUCCCCAAGUUUAAAGACAGGCAUACCACAGAUAAAAGGACCACUUCAGAUGUAGUAAUACAGUACUUACAGAAGCUUUCCCCUGUGAGCAGAAGACAGAUAUGUGACUUCUAUAAUUUAGACUUUUUGAUGUUUAAUUAUACAAAACUGUGUGUAUAGCAUAAUGUGUCUGAAGAGCUGGUGCCUUUGUUACAACAACUGCAAUAAAACAUAAUUCAUUUGGUUGGUGCAGUAUGAUAGGGUAAACACUGAUGUUUACCAUGUAGUCACUGUUGCAAUAACACUAACAAAUGGAAUAUAUUCUGCCAGAUAUACCGUAUGCCAGCCUAGAAUGCCAUUGUUUAGGUGCUCCUUCCUUGUGCACAGUACCUCCCAUUUUAUCCCUAGACUUGAGUGCUACAUGCUCAUACAUAAGAGACAUAUGAGAAGCAAACUCCUCUGACCUUUCUUGCCAUUGGGAAGCAAGACAAGAUCAUUUCCUCAGCCUGCCAAACCAUUUGGAAAGAACCAGAGCACCUUUGCAAAUGAAAGUUGAGUGCCCCAUCCCGGACCUUUCCUCUUUUUUCUAUUUUGAAUUGUGUAGUUUUCUUAAUGUAAUAUAAGAGAUGCAACUCCCUUUGUGAUAGGUAAAGUCCAUAUGAAGAUGGACAUUCUCUGUGUGUUUUUUUGUUUUUUGUUUUGUUUUGUUUAGGACCCAAGCAUAACAUGUCAGAGUAUUCUGUCUGCAUGGCUUUCAUACCAAAAAUCUCGCAGGGCAAUCACUUCUCUCUAAAAUUUCAGACAACAAACAGCUUAAAGCUUUUGCAUGAGACACCAUGUCCUCUGAAGUUCCCACCUCAAGCAGCCCUCACAACCAAACAAGAAAUCUAAGAAAUGGAAGAAGCUGGUACUUCAACUAUGUGAAGGAAGCCAGUGGAGUCAGAUGUACCCAAUAAGGUAGCUGAAAAGUCCAUGGACCUUCUAACCAUUGGGUCUGUUCCCUCUGUCACAACCUUGCUGUAGGCUGGCAUGGAAUUCCCUUCAGGCACAUCCCAUCUAUCCAGCCAAACAGCCAACUAAGGCCUCAAAAAGGGUGGGGAUUUCUGAAAGUCCAGAUGGAGUACCUCAGGUUUUGGUUCACAAGAAUGUUUCUGCUUCUGUUGUGGAGUCAAAAGUUGGGUCCUUCACAUGUUUCAUGUACCUCAGGUUUUGGUUCACAAGAAUGUUUCUGCUUCUGUUGUGGAGUCAAAAGUUGGGUCCUUCACAUGUUUCAUUGGAGAUCCCAAACAAAAAGAAACAAAAAUCAAAGUAUCAUACUACUCUAGCCACUCCUCUUUCAAGAGACUCUCAUCAGGAAUGGCAAGAAUUUUCUCAGGGAUUAUUUAAAGCUCUGAUGGACUAGAGUCUGAAAAUUAAGAUUAUUCAUCCCAGAUACAUUUACCUCAUAGGUGUGAAUUUGAGCCUGAUGACAGCAUGUCUCCAACUCUCCUCAGGCAGAGCUCUACUAUUCAGAAAAGGAUGCAGUUUUUCAUCUGAGACAGUAGGCAGAUUUACGGGGCACAUAGAGCUAUUGUGGUCUCUUAUACGUGGAUGAUCCCAGGCCUUCUCCUAUGUCUUCAGUUCUAGAGGUUUUGGAGGACACCUUUAUCUCUGCUUCACUAACCCCCCAACUUCCAACCACCAGUAUCCAGAAAGCCUGACGUGUUCUAUACAGUUCUAGAUUUUCAAAAAUUCUUGUACAAAAACCCAACCUCCAAUGUGACUAUUAUUCCCUGUCAUGCUGGCAAGCCAGUUAAGCUUUCUUCCUUUAUGUAGUGCUCUUCCCAAUGGUAAGGACAGUUGGACCAUGGAUAGAUAUGGAAAAAAGGUUCAUAUGUCAGCUGCAUUAGCUUUUCAAGGUAUUAUCAGACAUGCAUGAUUAGAUAUCUACCAUCUUUGACAACAUGAGCAAUAUCAUCUGAAACUUUCCUGACAGUGACUCAAAAUGAACAGUACAAUCCAUGAUUUCUUCUGCUACUCCAGUGGCAUGACACACUAAAAAGUGCAUCUGUGAUGUGACAGAUGCUUCUUCCAGGGCUGCUGCUUCUGCUUCAAUGUUGAGAACGUGCUCCUGGUUAAGACAGAAGUCCUUUCCAGAGAAUGUAACAGCUAAGCUUUUGGAUGCAGUUUUAGAUAAAGACUUCCUUUUUGGUCCCCAGUCAGCAGAAAUCUUUAAAAAAAGUUAGGAGGAAGGUGUAAAAUUAUUCAAGAGUUCAAAGAAUAUUUCCCUUCCUGUCUGCCUACAUUUCAAAGGAGUUAUGCCAUAAAGUCAGAUCUUUUUGUGUCAUAAAAAUCGUGACAAUGAAAGGGCAAAAAAAUCUACAAAGAAAUGGCAAUAUGAGCCUAAAAAUUAUUUCAAGGGACCUGAAGGUCCCUUAUAGGAAAAACAUUACAGUUUCUGUCUACAGCCCCCCCCCCCUGCCCCCACCUUCCAAACAAACUUUCUAUAAUUUUUUGUCUCCCUUUGGAAAGAGAUCUCAACAGACACCUGGGUUGUGAAAAAUCAUUCAGGAUGGUUACAGUCUUCAGUGGAACUCUCUUCUUUUUCAACUCUCAGUUCAUCAAGUUUCACUAAACUAACAAGACUCGGUUAUUCCAAUAUUAUCAGAACUUUUAACACAAGGAGAAAUAGAAACAGGUCCCCAAAACCAAACAGGGAAGGGUUUUUAUUCUAGUCUUUUCCUGGUCUCAAGGAAAGCAGGCACUUGGAGACCUGUUCUGAAUCUGUCAGUUCUAAACACUUUCUUGAACAUCCCAAAAUUCAAAAUGCCCACUUUUCUCAGCCUCUCCCUCAUUUUUCCAAAUGCCUUUUAUGUCACCCAGGACUUCAAGGAUGCUUAUCUGCCUGUUCCACUCCAUUCUCUUCAAGAAAAUUUCUAAGAUUUUGUACAUUCGGCAUGCACUUUCAGUUUGCUAUUUUACCUUUUGGGCUUUCCACUACUCCAGUAGUAUUCAUAAAGUGCAUAGCCUCGAUGGAAGCAUUCUUCAGGCUCCAGGGUAUUCACAUUUACACUUACCUGGUCAGUUUUCUGCUAUAACCCACUUUUCAUUACAAAAUUCUUCUGUACUUGCAGUUCACAGUCAGUGUCUUUCAGAGUCCUGGUUUCACUGUGAAUUUCAGCAACCUACUUCAUUCUUAUUCUCAGGUGUACAUAGGUUGCCACUUAGAUUCUUGUCUUAGUAUGGCCUUUCUUAAUUCAAUAAAUGUGUUUAAAAAAUAUCUGAAAGAUCACUUGUGAUGUAGGGACAUUUACAUAAAAGUAAUCAAACUGUAUUAACAAGUUCAAAUUAAUGAACAUUAUGUUU